CGGAUUGAAUGUCGCCACAGCCCUCCCGGUGUGUCUGUCACCAGAGAUCUACUGUGAUGGACAGCACAAGGACCAGCCUUCUGCAGCCCUGGUUCAAAAUAUAAAUACAUCUGCGAAACUGCCGCCCAUCACCCGAGCCGAGCGGGGAUCCGCACCGCUGCUUCAAUGCGGCAGAUGAAGCUCGCAGAUUGCCUUUCGUCUUGAUUUUUAUUUCCAUUCUGAAGAGAGAGAAGGAGAAAGACAGGGGGACCUUCUUGUUCACUGCUUCACCGGCACUUUCUUGAAGGAGCAACAACUCUACUCAAGGAUCUCAAGAUAAUUUCAAUCACUUGGUACCGAACAUCCAACCAAGAUGGGUAUUAAAGCAGCUCUCCCUAAAUAUGAGUUGUAUUUUUACACCGUUGUGUUGUCACUUGCACUUCUUUGGGCUGCAGAUUGGAUCUUUGAUGUGUCCAGCGAACACAUGAACAGAAAAGCAUUUAAGGAAAGUGUUCAACAAGGAUGGCAUUAUUUUGGUCGGAAAAUGGAUGUGGCUGACUUUGAAUGGACCAUGUGGUUUACUAAGUUCCGGAACUACAUCGUUUUUGCUCUCUCUGGGCAUGUCAUUUUUGCAAAGAUUUGCUCAAUGACGUUGCCAGAGCACAGAUCCAUUGUUUAUAUGGUCUACGGGAUAUUGGCUGUGUUUGCCACCAUGGGAUUCAACUAUUUAAUGCUUAUCCUGUCCCACUGUGGGCUUCUCUACAGCGUUGCCCUGGCAAAACAGAAAUGGCUUUGCUUUGCAGCUGGCCUCUGUAGUUUGGCCACUUUCAAGAUGGAACCCUUCAGUUCUUGGCAGUCUGGCUUUGUCAUCGGAAAUUUUGAGCUUCAGGACAUACUGUUUUAUGGGGGAAGUGGAUUCACGAUCAUAAGAUGCAUGAGCUUUGCUUUGGAGAAUUCUGAAAAGAAAGAUGGUAACUAUACGUUCCUGGACCUGCUCAAAUACAAUUUCUACCUCCCGUUUUUCUUUUUUGGGCCCAUCAUGACGUUUGACCGAUUUCAUGCUCAGGUGCAUAACAAUAACCUGACACGUAAAGAGAGAGAAAUGUGGAAUAUCAGGGUGAUGGCAGUCGUGCAUUUGGUUGUGAUUGUGCUGGUGGAUGUGCUUUUUCACUUUCUCUAUAUUCUCACAAUACCAUCAGACAUGAAACUUGCUAAAAAUCUAUCAGACUGGUCUCUAGCUGGCCUGGCCUACUUCAACUUGGUGUAUGACUGGACUAAAGCAGCUGUGAUGUUUGGAGUCAUCAACACUAUUUCCCGACUUGAUCACCUCGACCCUCCACAGCCUCCUAAAUGUAUCACCAUGCUCUAUGUAUUUGCUGAAACCCACUUUGACAGGGGAAUUAAUGACUGGCUAUGCAAGUAUGUGUAUGACCAUAUUGGUCAAAACCACGACAACAUUUUCAAGGAACUUAUGGCUACCGUGUCCACUUUCGCCAUCACCACCUUAUGGCUUGGGCCAUGUGAAAUUGUUUACAUUUGGUCUUUCUUCAACUGCUUUGGCUUGAACUUUGAGCUCUGGGUGGCCAAAUUCUUCCAGUUACAGCCUUUUGCAACAAUCGAGAACAACAUGUCUGAAGCAAUGUCCCGCAGGAUUAGGGGUGUGUUCAAUGCAGCUAACUUCUGGGCUAUUGUUCUUUAUAACGUUUUGGCCCUCAACAGUCUGGACUUUGCAAAGCUUGUGGCAAAAAGGCUGAUCAUCAAAGGUUUUCCCAUCUCCACUCUCUCUGUCCUCUUUAUAACAUACUGUGGAGUCCAGCUGAUUAAAGAACGGGAGAGAAGGCUGGCCUUGGAAGAGGAAACCGCUGCAAAGGACAAAACAGAAUAAAACAGCAGCCUGGGUUUUUUUUCACCUUCUAGAUCAUUUAACAAUGUGAGAUCUGUAGUGAAAGGGAAAAAUUACUCCUCCAGUUUUGAGGCCAGGUUUAAUGUAAAUGUAACAUCAUUUGGUACUGUAAUGUUUGAAAUGCACUUGUCUUACAUCACAGUUACUAGUUUAAAAUGAUUUAAUAUUGGGAAGAUGCAUUUAUAUUUGGGCCAAAAAUUACUCAAACUGGUGCUGUUGGCUGUGGUUUGGUACAACAUCUACCUUAUGUAAUUUUCUGUAUAUUGAAUACAUUAAAGAUCCUAUUUAACUAA